CGAGAGCAAAGAUGCUGGACCCGUCUUCCAGCGAGGAGGAAUCGGAGGAGAUAGUGGAAGAGGAAUGCAAGGAGGUGCUGGCUCCCAGCACCGGGGCCCGGCUCUCCCCCAGCCGGACCAGCGAGAGCUCCGGGGGUCUACAGCCCAGCAGCAGGAGCAGCAGCGUCCGGCCGUCCAGCCCCAGUCCAUCGGUGGUCAGCGAGAAGGAGAAGGAAGAGCUGGAGAGGCUGCAGAAGGAGGAUGAGGAGAGGAAGAGGAAGCUGCAGCUCUAUGUGUUUGUCAUGAGAUGUAUCGCCUACCCCUUCAAUGCCAAGCAGCCCACCGACAUGGCGAGGAGGCAGCAGAAGAUUAGUAAGCAGCAACUGCAGACGGUUAAGGAUCGGUUCCAAGCCUUCUUCAAUGGAGAAACACAGAUUGUGGCUGAUGAGGCCUUCAUGAAUGCAGUACAGAGUUACUAUGAGGUUUUCCUGAAGAGUGACCGCGUGGCAAGAAUGGUGCAGAGCGGGGGCUGCUCUGCCAACGACUCCCGGGAGGUCUUCAAAAAGCACAUAGAAAAAAGGGUGAGGAGCCUCCCGGAGAUCGACGGCCUCAGCAAGGAGACUGUUCUGAGUUCCUGGAUGGCUAAAUUUGAUGCCAUCUACCGAGGAGAAGAAGACCCCCGGAAGCAGCAAGCCAGGAUGACCGCCAGCGCCGCAUCGGAACUUAUCCUCAGCAAAGAACAGCUGUACGAAAUGUUCCAACAGAUUCUGGGGAUCAAGAAGUUCGAACAUCAGCUGCUCUACAAUGCAUGCCAGUUGGACAAUCCAGAUGAACAAGCUGCCCAGAUAAGACGUGAAUUAGAUGGUCGUCUACAAAUGGCAGAUCAAAUUGCAAGGGAGCGCAAAUUUCCCAAAUUUGUCUCAAAAGAAAUGGAAAAUAUGUAUAUUGAGGAGCUCAAAUCUUCUGUUAAUCUGCUAAUGGCAAAUUUGGAGAGCAUGCCAGUGUCAAAGGGCGGCUCUGAAUUCAAGCUUCAGAAGCUGAAACGCAGCCACAACACAUCCAUUAUAGACAUGGGAGAAGAGAAUGAAAAUCAGCUCUCCAAGUCUGACGUUGUCCUCUCUUUCAGCUUAGAGGUUGUAAUAAUGGAGGUCCAAGGGUUAAAGUCUCUAGCCCCAAACCGUAUUGUGUAUUGUACAAUGGAAGUUGAAGGCGGUGAAAAGCUACAGACUGAUCAAGCAGAAGCUUCUAAACCAACCUGGGGGACACAAGGGGACUUUAGCACUACUCAUGCACUGCCUGCCGUCAAAGUGAAGCUUUUUACAGAGAGCACUGGAGUGCUGGCACUGGAGGAUAAGGAACUUGGACGGGUUGUCCUACACCCAACACCCAACAGUCCCAAACAAUCAGAGUUUCACAAAAUGGCAGUGUCCAAAAACUGCCCUGAUCAGGACCUUAAAAUAAAGUUAGCAGUCCGAAUGGAUAAACCACAAAACAUGAAGCAUUGUGGGUAUUUAUGGGCAAUUGGUAAAAACGUGUGGAAGAGAUGGAAAAAACGCUUUUUUGUCUUGGUUCAGGUUAGCCAGUACACAUUCGCUAUGUGCAGUUAUAGAGAGAAAAAGGCAGAACCACAGGAACUUCUACAACUUGAUGGCUACACAGUGGAUUACACAGACCCACAGCCAGGCUUGGAAGGAGGCCGCUCAUUCUUCAAUGCAGUCAAGGAAGGCGAUACAGUGAUCUUUGCAAGUGACGAUGAGCAAGACAGAAUUUUGUGGGUCCAAGCAAUGUAUCGAGCCACUGGCCAGUCACACAAACCUGUGCCACCAACCCAAGUUCAAAAACUUAACGCAAAAGGAGCUUAUGAAGAAGAUCAUAUGCAAAUACUAACUGUUCUGAAAUGCACACUCCUUCUGUGCACAGUCCCCCUGGACUCAGAGAAUGUGCAUGUGUGCUUCAUUAUCAGAACUGGACCAAAGGAUGCUGACAGAGCCCAAAAACAUGGCAUGGAUGAAUUUAUCUCCUCGAACCCGUGCAACUUUGACCACGCCACCCUGUUCGAGAUGCUUCAGCGACUCACACUGGACCACAGACUUAACGACUCAUAUUCCUGCUUGGGUUGGUUCAGUCCUGGUCAGGUGUUUGUCCUUGAUGAAUACUGUGCUCGCUAUGGAGUGAGAGGAUGCCAUCGACACCUGUGUUAUCUAAGCGAUUUACUGGAGAGAGCAGAAAACGGAGAGAUGAUUGACCCAACUUUGCUCCAUUAUAGUUUUGCCUUCUGCGCAUCACAUGUACAUGGCAACAGGCCUGAUGGUAUAGGAACGGUUACAGUUGAAGAAAAGGAGCGAUUUGAAGAGAUCAAAGAAAGGCUUCGCUUGCUGCUGGAAAAUCAAAUCACACAUUUUAGGUAUUGUUUUCCAUUUGGCCGACCAGAGGGAGCAUUAAAAGCAACUUUAUCCUUGUUGGAGAGGGUUUUAAUGAAAGAUAUAGUUACUCCAGUUCCUCAAGAGGAUGUGAAAAAUGUUAUCCGGAAAUGCCUGGAGCAAGCUGCUUUAGUCAACUACACAAGACUAUCCGAAUAUGCCAAAAUUGAAGAGAAUCAAAAGGAUGCAGAAAAUGUAGGUCGGUUAGUAACUCCUGCCAAAAAGCUUGAAGACACAAUACGACUUGCAGAACUGGUCAUUGAAGUUCUCCAGCAAAAUGAAGAGCACCAUGCAGAGGUGAGAAUUGCAAGAGGGGAUGCAUUUGCUUGGUGGUCAGACCUUAUGGUAGAACAUGCAGAGACAUUCCUCUCACUCUUUGCGGUGGACAUGGAUGCAGCGUUGGAGGUGCAGCCGCCAGACACUUGGGACAGCUUUCCCUUGUUCCAGCUAAUAAACGAUUUCCUCCGCAUUGACUAUAAUUUAUGCAAUGGAAAAUUCCACAAACAUCUCCAGGACCUGUUUGCUCCACUUGUUGUCAGAUAUGUCGACCUCAUGGAAUCCUCAAUUGCACAAUCAAUUCACAGGGGCUUUGAGCGUGAAUCGUGGGAGCCAGUAAAGAGUUUAACAAGUAAUCUGCCCAAUGUGAAUCUUCCAAAUGUGAAUCUCCCUAAAGUACCUGUAGCCCUACCAGUUAACCUCCCACAAAUGCCUAGCUUUUCUGCACCGUCAUGGAUGGCUGCAAUUUAUGAUUCUGAUAAUGGAUCAGCCACAUCAGAAGACCUGUUUUGGAAACUUGAUGCCCUACAAACUUUUAUUCGCGACCUUCACUGGCCUGAAGAAGAGUUCGGGAAGCACUUGGAGCAGCGCCUUAAAUUGAUGGCAAGCGACAUGAUUGAGUCAUGUGUCAAAAGGACUAGAAUUGCAUUUGAGGUGAAGUUACAGAAAACCAGCCGAUCGACAGACUUCCGGGUGCCGCAAUCUAUCUGUACUAUGUUUAAUGUUAUGGUUGAUGCAAAAGCACAAUCAACAAAACUUUGCAGUAUGGAGAUGGGACAAGAGCACCAGUAUCAUUCAAAAAUUGAUGAGCUAAUUGAAGAAACAGUUAAAGAAAUGAUAACACUUUUAGUUGCAAAGUUUGUGACUAUUUUAGAAGGAGUACUAUCCAAGCUGUCCAGAUAUGAUGAAGGGACCUUAUUUUCUUCAUUUUUAUCAUUUACUGUCAAAGCAGCUUCCAAGUAUGUGGAUGUUCCAAAACCUGGAAUGGACCUCGCUGAUGCCUAUGUUACAUUUGUGCGUCACUCUCAGGAUAUCCUUCGUGAUAAGGUCAAUGAGGAGAUAUAUAUAGAAAGGUUAUUUGAUCAAUGGUACACCAGUUCAAUGAAUGUUGUUUGUACCUGGUUGACUGACCGUAUGGAUCUACAGCUUCAUAUUUAUCAGCUGAAAACCCUCAUUAGGCUUGUCAAGAAAGCAUAUCGUGAUUUCCGAUUGCAAGGUGUCCUGGACUCCACAUUAAAUAGCAAGACCUACGAUACCAUUAGGAACCGGUUAACAGUCGAGGAAGCAACGGCCUCUGUUAGCGAAGGAGGAGGACUUCAAGGAAUUACGAUGAAGGACAGUGACGAAGAAGAUGAAGAGGACGAUUAAAUAUAUGGAAUUAGAGGCUCAAUGGGAUGUAGCCACCCCUGGUCCCCAGUGCAUGUCUGUUAGCCACAUUAGGGAAUUUUCUGUCCGCUCCAACUGCCCAUAAAAAACUCUACCAAUACGAUUGUCAUUCUAGCUGUGUAAUUUAAAAAAACUUAACGCACUACAUUUGGUUCAUGAGUUUCCUAUCUUCAAAUCUAUAGGUUCAUGAGCAAUAUAGAGCGCCAUUGUUUAAUACUGUUAAUUGAUCUAUAUAGGAAACAUGCUAAAUAUGUCCCUGUUCUCAGCAAAAAUAUCCAAUGCUUCAUUCCUGUAAUGUAUAUACGUUGAUGGUAAAAUUGUUGUGCCUAUGAGUGUGUAGUUAUGUCAUUUUUGUCGCGUGGAUGCCACCCGCUCAACAUAAACAAAACAAAUUCUAAACGCUAUGUUUUCAAAGAAGAGGCUACACCCAGCGAGGUUUAACUAUGGCAAUCCAUUCAAUUUCUGAGUUUUAGCUCAUCCUGAAUUCUAAACCAUACUCUUUUACUUCAACAUCCUGUUAGUUAACUAGAGGUUACAUAUCAGCGGAUUAGUAUUCCAAAAAAAAAAACUACAACUGUUCUACUUGUCGUAGAUAUGAGACAUCC